UAUAUAUGAUAUAUCACUUAAAAGUUUUCGCUAUAUUAUAUUAUUUUAUUAUAUUGUUUCACAUCUACACAAUUAUUACGUAAUACGUAUUUACGUAAAUAAAAAGGUUCUACUAACCCGCGACUGGAUUGUCGAACAAUCAACAAUAGUAUCACGCAUUUUCAUAGAUUGUUCCGUGUUAAUUUUCGUUAAAUUUUUUUUUUGCGUUUCUGUAUAACGCAAUAACUAUCAUAAUUUACGUACCUCCAACAAGAAAAUUUAAACAAUUAUUUUUGUCGACGUGAAUCGAACAUGUUAAUUUUGGUCUCAUGACCUGUAUCUACCUAAGUACAUCCAAUCAUCAAAUUCAAAGUAAUAUUAAUAACAAAAUUAUCAUGCAAAACGUUAUUAACAGUGUGAAGGGCACUGCAUUAGGUUUCGCUGGAUUUUUGACUCCAGUUUUAAAGGAAUCAAAAUUUAAAGAAACUGGUGUAGUGACACCAAAUGAGUUUGUUAUUGCUGGUGAUCACUUGGUUCAUACAUGUCCAACAUGGGAAUGGGCUUGUGGUGACGAGUGCAAGACUAAGUCUUAUUUACCGAAAAAUAAACAAUACUUAAUCACAAGAAAUGUUCCAUGUGUACGCCGAUGUAAACAAAUUGAGAACUGUGAAGUUCAAGAGAACAUUGUGGAAUCUGAAGAAGGAAAUGAAGGAUGGGUUGAAACACAUCAUUUUGAUUCUGCACUUUCACCUUUGAGUGAAAAAAUAUCUGAUAUAUCAUUAGAAGGAAACCAGAACAAUUUAAAUGUAACAAGUCUUAACAAGGAUAAUCACGUUUUAAAUAGUGCAACCAAUGACAACUCAGUUGUAAGAAAUAUUAAAGUAGAUUCUCAUUAUUGUGAAGUUGAUGAUGACGAUGACGAGGAAGAAGGUGAUGCUAUAGAUAUGGAUGCAUUUGUGGAAAGUGGUUUGCUUGAAGACGAUGAUUCGGUGACUAUUAAUCAGAAACAUACAAAAGAAAAAAAGUUAUCUAACUCAUCUGUUGAUGAUAUAUUAAGAACCCGAACAUAUGACUUACAUAUUACUUAUGACAAAUUCUACCAAACUCCAAGACUAUGGCUUUAUGGUUAUAAUGAAAAUCAAAAACCAUUAAAUGUUGAAGAAAUGUAUGAAGAUGUGAGUCAAGAUUAUGCAAAGAAAACUGUUACUAUGGAAUCACACCCACAUAUUCCAGGUCCUUCUAUGGCUUCAAUACAUCCUUGCAAGCAUGCGGACAUAAUGAAAAAGUUAAUCCAAAUGGUGACUGAUGGUGGAAAAGAUUUAGGAGUACACAUGUACUUAAUUAUAUUUUUAAAAUUUGUUCAAUCAGUCAUACCAACUAUAGAUUAUGAUUAUACUCAAAAUAUCAAUUUAUAGUAAGAGUCAAGUUGUUCUUUGAAAAUAUGAGAGUAUAAUUUAUUUUUAAAUCAAAAUUUAUUGUAAAAAAAUAAUUAAUUGAAAAUUGAUCCAAUUAAAAUCAACUGUUUAUGAGACCAACCAAUAAAUAUAACUAAAUCGUAUUAACAAUCAUUAUUUUAGUUGCUAUAAUGCAUGUUAAAUACAAUUUAAAGUAUAAAUUAAUUAUUUACAAAAAGCUUAUUUUAUUUGUAAAGUUUUUAUGAUAAAUGAAUAACAACUAAAAAAAAAAAAAAAUUACAAAUGUACUUAUUUUACUUAUACCUAAAAGAUUAAAAUAUUAUUCAUACGUAUUUUUAUAUUAAUUAUUAAAGAGACUUCAAACUUUAUGAAAAUGAUGAAAUAUGACAUUAUAAUAUUAUGUAUUUUGAGUUUUUGACAGUCGACUGGUAAUUUAAAAAUACAAAUUAUUUAGAUUUUUUUUUUAAGAUACUUGUUAUUUUUUUAAUAUUUUCAUUGUUAAAAUAUAUGCCAUUUGUUUAUAGUUUUAUUAUUAAUCUAUUGUUGCUUAUAAAAUAUAAUAAAAAAAUAUUUUGUUUACAUUAA